AUACAAAUAUUUUCUAGUAUUAUUUUCUUUUUUUUGCGUUUUUUUGCAAUCUAAAAUCUCUGGCGGGAACAUUCAAGAUGGCGGAAGACGAGUUGAGUUUGCUAUUUGCAGCUGGAAAAGCAGCUCAAGACACAGCUGAUAAAAUUAAUCUGAACCUCCCAGUCCACAUAACUGGUAGAGAUGCCCAGAAGAACCCCGAAUUUGUGAAGCUGCUAUCCACCCUGUCACACAGACUAACACACACUGGGGUCAGUAAGGGUCUGCACAAGGAUGUGGAACAGGCAAAAGAACAGAUGAGAAGAGAAAAAGCAGCUUGGUUACAGAUGAGCGCCCUCUAUCAUGAGUUGGAAGAUCUGCUCCUGGACUAUGACAUCAGAAGACAAGAAGCUGAAGUACCUAUUGCUGAAUCACAGUUCUACAGAGCUCUGAGGGAGUGCUUGACUACUGCAGAGAUAUGUGAGUACUUGGAGUGUAGCCCAGACGGUAGGAAGGAUGUCACCUUACUGGGGCUCACUCGGGAGCAACUUCAGCAGAAUAACCCACAUAGGAAGGAUUUGAAGUCCUUGCAGAAGAAACUGGUGCCCUUGAUAGAGGAGAAGCUGAAGAAGAAAUGCACUGCAGUGUUCAGUUUCCAUGACUCUUCCAGUAGUCUUUCCGGUGACCCAGGUGAACUACUCUUUGCCAAGGCUUCCCAGCUGCCCCUUGUUCUGGAGAGGGAGAGGCUUGAUCUGGAGGAGAAGAGGAGACUCCUGCUGCAGGAUAGGGCAGCCAGGGACAGGCAGUUCUGGCAGUACUACCAGAUCCUGCUCCAAACGUUGGAAAGUCUGGAGAGGAUUGUGAAACAUCAUCGUCUGAGGUCUCAACUGGAGAAUAACAACAUCAUCAGUGAAUGGCUCGUCCAACGCUUUGAUGCCAUGGAACUUAAAAUCAAGGUUGUGGAGGUGCAGGUACUCUGUGACACAUACACAGCAGACACAGUGGCAGCUCUGAAACAAAUCAGGAGGCACCUUGACAGCACUCCUUAUGACAGCGAGUACGCGCAGAGUGUCCAACAGCUCCAGGCCUACAGAUCUGUAGGGAUGGGCUUCGACAGCCUGGUACAGGAGUAUGGGAGACUACAGGAGGCCAUCGAGAACAAAAAGUGGGGGCUUAUAGAGCUACAGAAGACAUGCUAACUAGUCAGAACAAUGUGGUAUGGAUGGAGAUGGCACACGAGAAAGGAAGUAAACUGUAGACUGUAUUACUAUAACCCCUAUUAUCACAAAUCAUUGAAAUUUACGGAAUUGAAACAUAAUAAAUAGAAUAGUUACAGUCUUUUUGGUGUUGGUUUAAUGGUUUAAUUUCUUUUGUCCUUUGCUUAGAUUUAUAGUAGAACUUGGGAGUAGGGUACAAAGGGAAGUAUGAAGUCUGCAUUGCUAUAGUUAGUAACAGAUUUGCAGUUGAUAGUUCUUGUUGUAAUAUCCUGUAAGAUAACGCUUUGAGCUUUAAAAAAGUUGCUAACUAAUUCACAUCAUUCAAAAUAUAUCAUUUAGCGGCAGCUUAGCCAUGUGUGAUAAUUGUAUUGGCUCCAUCAGGCUAAAGUACUGCAGGAACAGCAGCUAUUUGCAUAAAGCUUUGCAGGUACAAUUUCAGACAACUUCACAAAUUGCUGAAAAAAAUACGUCUUUGAAGCCCUGGCUGCUCACAGCAAUUUCUGACAUAGCCUGGGUGCCAUCAAAUUCCUUACAUUUGCUGACCUUAAGUAAUUAGGUUUCUGACAUAUUGUAAAUCUUAAAACUUUUGCGGUGACCCAUCCACUUCAAAUUCUCUACACUGCAAAUACAUGUACUACUGUAAUAGUAAUGGUUUCAACCUUACCAGAUCCUAAAGUGAAAUAAAACCACAGUGAAAGUGUAAUCUAUUGCCAUGUGAUUGGCACUGUCAGACUGACGUAAUCAAGGCUGUCCCCAGGAUCAGGCCUCUCUUUUGCUUGUUCUAUCUUAAAAAUAAUCUGAAGAAUUCUGAAGUUCAUGACAAUGUGUUUUUGUGAGCUUAAAAUGACAGUUUUAACAACAAUAAUAAACACCAUGGACUCCCAAACAAUGUAUGGGACAGAAAAAAUCUAAAGAUGGAGACAGCCCUGCAUGCAAUAGACACCUACAUGUAUAUAAUCAUAAAAUACACUUAUGUUGAAAUAUACUCUGGUCAUCAGUAUUUACACACAUUGAACAAUACUUAGUGAGGUAACAUUCAAUUGAAAAAAUACAGAG